GCUUGGGGAAGUGCCAUGCUGGGGGAAGCUGCUCGUUGCUCACAGCCGCGUGGGCUGUCACGAGUCCCUGGCCACAUCCCUGCGGCCCCAGCAGCACAGCGGGUGCUGAACCCUGCGGAGCCCACCGCCAUGGGGAGCAGCAAGAGCAAACCCAAGGACCCUAGCCAGCGCCGGCGCAGCCUGGAGCCGCCCGACAGCGCCCACCACGGGGGGUUCCCAGCCUCGCAGACCCCCAACAAGACAGCAGCCCCCGACACGCACCGCACCCCCAGCCGCUCCUUCGGGACCGUGGCCACCGAGCCCAAACUCUUUGGGGGCUUCAACACUUCUGACACCGUCACGUCACCGCAGCGUGCUGGGGCACUGGCUGGCGGUGUCACCACCUUCGUGGCUCUCUAUGACUACGAGUCCAGGACUGAGACAGACUUGUCCUUCAAGAAAGGAGAACGCCUGCAGAUUGUCAACAACACGAGAAAAGUGGAUGUCAGGGAAGGUGACUGGUGGCUGGCUCAUUCCCUCACUACAGGACAGACGGGCUACAUCCCCAGUAACUAUGUCGCGCCCUCAGACUCCAUCCAGGCUGAAGAGUGGUACUUUGGGAAGAUCACUCGUCGGGAGUCCGAGCGGCUGCUGCUCAACCCUGAAAACCCCCGGGGAACCUUCCUGGUCCGGGAGAGCGAGACGACAAAAGGUGCCUACUGCCUCUCUGUUUCCGACUUCGACAACGCCAAGGGGCUCAAUGUGAAGCACUACAAGAUCCGCAAGCUGGACAGCGGUGGCUUCUACAUCACCUCACGCACACAGUUCGGCAGCCUGCAGCAGCUGGUGGCCUACUACUCCAAACAUGCUGAUGGCUUGUGCCACCGCCUGACCAACGUCUGCCCCACAUCCAAGCCCCAGACCCAAGGACUCGCCAAAGAUGCAUGGGAAAUCCCCCGGGAGUCGCUGCGGCUGGAGGUGAAGCUGGGGCAGGGCUGCUUUGGAGAGGUCUGGAUGGGGACCUGGAAUGGCACCACCAGAGUGGCCAUAAAGACCCUGAAGCCCGGCACCAUGUCCCCGGAGGCCUUCCUACAGGAAGCCCAGGUGAUGAAGAAGCUCCGGCACGAGAAGCUGGUUCAGCUGUAUGCGGUGGUGUCAGAGGAGCCCAUCUACAUCGUCACUGAGUACAUGAGCAAGGGGAGCCUCUUGGACUUCCUGAAGGGAGAGAUGGGCAAGUACCUGCGGCUGCCACAGCUCGUCGAUAUGGCUGCUCAGAUUGCAUCUGGCAUGGCCUAUGUGGAGAGGAUGAACUACGUGCACCGAGACCUGCGGGCAGCCAACAUCCUGGUGGGGGAGAACCUGGUGUGCAAGGUGGCUGACUUCGGGCUGGCACGCCUCAUCGAGGACAACGAGUACACAGCACGGCAAGGCGCCAAGUUCCCCAUCAAGUGGACGGCCCCCGAGGCGGCCCUGUACGGCCGGUUCACCAUCAAGUCGGAUGUCUGGUCCUUCGGCAUCCUGCUGACUGAGCUGACCACCAAGGGCCGGGUGCCGUACCCAGGGAUGGUCAACAGGGAGGUGCUGGACCAGGUGGAGCGAGGCUACCGCAUGCCCUGCCCGCCCGAGUGCCCCGAGUCGCUGCACGACCUCAUGUGCCAGUGCUGGCGGAAGGACCCUGAGGAGCGGCCCACCUUUGAGUACUUGCAGGCCUUCCUGGAGGACUACUUCACCUCGACAGAGCCCCAGUACCAGCCUGGAGAGAACCUAUAGACCUGGAGCUCCUCCUGGCACCAGAGGCCUCACUGUGGGGCACAGAAGGCCGGC